AUGGACCGGGAGGAGGAGGAGGUCCCACCACCGCCUUAUGCCGCCGUUGAUCCAUUAAAUGCGCCGGCCAGCAAUAGGAAUAACGACCAGGCUAAUGCCAAUGGCCCAUCGCGUGCGAAUGUUUCAGGUCCGUCGCCGGAGGCAGGUAGCUCCUCCUCGGCAGCCUCCUCCGUUGUGCCAACCCACUUCGUCUCCGCUGCGAGCUACUUUGAGCAGCGGCCUGCGACAGGUCAAACCAAAGACUUCCCGCGAAGGCCCCGUUGCUGGGCGACGCGGAUGAAUGAGGUCCUGCAACAGGACUGGGACACUUUUUUGCGAUAUCUGUUCCCGCCUCAAUUGGGCUUGGCUGCUGCGUCUCAGCAUCUCCCAAGACAGCUGCGGGCGGAAAUCCAGCGGGACCGAAAGGAUCGACCACAAGAGACGGAUGAGCAACGACCGGCUCGCAUUGCUGCCGUGGUGGAUGAAUGGAACCAGUGUUUCUUUGAGGUACGCGGCACUCGAAUCGUCUUUGUAUAUGUUGGGGAACCCGACGCCGCGCCAUCCUCUGCCCUCUGUCCGCGCUGUUAUCCAGCCGCGACAAAGGCGAAUCAAGGAACUGGGGCCAGUGCAAGUAUAGAUAGCAGAGCUCAAACUACGCCCGAGUCUGCGAGUAGCCAGAAUACCCCCUCACCCACAAAUUGGCCUGCUCCGCCGAUGCCCAUGAUGCCGCACCCGCCAAUGCCUUUUGGACCGCCAUAUGCAGUUCCUCAAUUUCCCGGCCAUGGUGCACCCCCAAAUCAUCAGCCACCGCAGUACUAUCCAUAUCCACCUCCUGGAGCCGCUCCAUGGGGGCAGUGGAACGGUUGGGGUUAUCAACAACCACAAUAUGGGAAUACUGGUAGCGGCAAGGGCGGGUGGCUAUCGGAUCUUACUUCUAAAGCACAGAAGUAUGGUGAGCGUUUAGAGCAUUACGGUAACCAAUUCAGUCAACAUGCCAUGAACUAUGGCCGACAAGUCGAGGAGCAAGCUCUCGCACACGGCCGCUGGAUCGAAGAGCAGGCAAGAUUUGGGCGGAAGCAACCUGCAUAUCAGGGAUAUCCUCCUUCUGGCUACGCUCCAUAUCCAACUUGGAGUCCUCCAACCACUGGCACAGUAUCAAACCCGACCACUCCCACAAGCAUCCCUACCACCAACCCUACCCCGCCCAGUCAACCAACUUCGCAACCUACAACGCAGCCUCAACCACUCCCCAAAGAUGACGAUAAACCUCCCCUUGAACAAACGCGCCGUAUAUCUAUAGCAUCCACCUCAUCCGAGUCCUCCUUAAGCUCGAUUGAUUCGCUCUCCACUACCUCGGACUUAGACGCCUCGGAUCUCACCACAGUCCGCACACAACUCCAAUCCCUCGAUGACAGACACGACCGAAUCUUAUACGACGCAGCGGUCGAUCUCCGCCAACAACUCACAACCCUCCAAGAAUCCCGCCGCGAAGCCCGCGCCUCCGGCCGCCGGAACUGGCGCCCAGGGACCCGCCCCCAGCAAACCCAGCCAACAGACAGCAACGACUGGGGCCGGUGGGAAUCUCCCGAGCAACAGCAACGCGCAUCUAUAGACCGCCGUGCCAUGAAAGAGGAGAUGCGUGCCACGCGAAAAGCAUUCCGGGACGUUGUUAAACGGGCAAGGGAAGAACAGCGUGCUCGGCGGCGCGUGAAGCGCAAUCGCCGCCGACAUGGCCCUGUCCAAGCCGAUGAAAAUGCGAAGGCUAGUGCCAAUGACCAACAAGUUUCUCUGGAUGGUAAAUUGAACAACGUCUCGCUGGACGAUUCCCCCGCACCGCCUCUUGCACAGCCUCAGCCGCAGCGCUUUCCUGUGCGCUCGGAGACGAGCUCAGAGUUCAACAGGAGUAACCUUCAUACUCCUUCUUCUUCGCAGGCCAGCAUGCAUGAAACGCAAGCCGAUACCCCGGAUAAAAAGAAGAGUGGAGGGCCUUCUCGUAUAAAGGAUAUUCUCAAACCGCGAUCCAAGAAGCGGGACGAGGGCAAGAAAAAGGAUGGAGCUUGA